UGCAGGCUUUGGCACAACAACAGUCAUCUGGGAAAGGAGAAGGUGCUGCUGGGCGCCUCUUGCAGCAGAGUAGGUGGUGCUCAGAUACUGCUGACUUUCUUGAGCUGCUGAUGAGGACUGAAGGAGAAUGAACUAAGACUGGUCCAGAGAAGGGGUGUGAGGAAAAAUGCCACUGUAAGAACAAGGGACCUGCCUGGCCAGGAAUGCAGCUUCCUUCUGAGAGCUGCUUCUCCAUGUCGCCCCACAGACCACUCCCGCCUCCUGGGAAAGGGCACUCAGGACUUUGCAGUCAGCCACCGAAAACUUUUGCUGAGCCGAAGCAAGACUUUUGCUGCAGAACUGAACAAGAUAUUUCAUUUCGCUUUUGACUUUUGAUCAUCCGGGUUGCAGCCAGAAUUGUUUAGCUUUGAGACUCUCAAGCCGGAUUUGUUACUGUUAUUUUUGCAUACGCCUUUCAAAAUGAUCGACUUAAGCUUUCUGACGGAGGAGGAGCAAGACACCAUCAUGAAGGUUCUGCAGCGCGACGCUGCCCUGAAGAGCGCUGAAGAAGAGAGAGUCAGACAUUUGCCUGAAAAAGUUAAGGAUGACCAGCAGCUGAAAAAUAUGAGUGGCCAGUGGUUUUACGAAGCCAAGGCAAAAAGGCACAGAGACAAAAUCCACGGCACAGAUAUCAUCAGGGCAUCCAUGAGGAAGAAGAGGCUUCAGGGAGCAGUUGAGCAGAGUAAAGACAGAGAAAACAGGACAAAGGAAAGCUGGGUGAAUAAUGUCAACAAAGAUGCUUUCCUUCCCCCAGAGCCAGCCGGUGUUGUAGAAGAGCCAGAAGAAGAAGUAGGCCCAGCAAGUCCAAGUUCCAGCAUGGUAAAUCCAGCUUCCACCAAGAUUGCUGCAUCCCAGGAAAACUCCAGGAACUCUGCCAUGUUUCCAGCCAAGCAAAGGAAGAAUCCAUUUAAUAGCUCCAACUUGCCAGAAGAUCAGUUAUCUCAACAAACCAAACAUGAGCAGUCAAAAAAUGAAACGACUUGUUUCUUGCAGACUUCAAAAGAGGGUGAAUUAUCAGGGUCAAAGGAAGAGUCAUCUCUCCCGGAUAUUUCAAGCCAAAAAUUAGAGAAACCAAAGCAGACUUCUCCAGACCUUGAGAGUAGAUCCCAGAUCAAAAUUCCGAUCCCUAAAACCAGGAAAAUAUUCUACAAACCCCAUGAUUUACAGCAGGAUGAUAAGCAGUCUUUUUCUAGACAAAGUGCAGACGCCCUGAGCACCAGAGGAGCUCUGAGGGGCAUCCUGAAGCAUAGCUCCAGUUCCAGCAGCACCGACUCAGAAAUCGUUCGUUUUCAUCAGCACUUUGAACCCAAAAGCAAAGUUGUGUCCCCUGGCCUCCCCAUCCGUAAGAGGAUUUCUGAGCAGCAUUCUUUAGAAGAUGACUCCUCAAAGGCGCUGGAGCCCUUGAAGCAAGUGAGGUUCUCCCUGGUGCAGGACGAGUCCUCGAAGAGUCCUGGGCUCGUCCAUGGACAGGAAGUGGGAGAAUUCAGUGUUUUAGAAUCCAACAGGUUGAACAAUGGAGCAGAAGUUGUCUGGGACAAGGAUGAGUUCUGGAGGGACCCUCAGCCUUCCCGUGACAGAGAGCCUUUACCUUUACCUCAAUCAGCCUCCAGCCCAAGUGCCUUAAAAAAUGAAACACAUCAGUCAAAGACUUCUGGUCCUUUUCCAAUUAGUGGGCAGCCUUCUCCCUCAGAAGUUUUAACUGCAAGACCACAGUCCAGUGAGAAUUCACCCACCAUCCAUGAGCAUGAAGCUAAAUCAUCAGAAUUAUCAAGGCUUGAAUCGGAAUCAUCCAAAAGCCCUGCUGAUGAACUGUCUCGUGUUGAGCCUGAGCCUUCCCUGGUGCCAGAUCACAGUUCUGGAGACCAUCAGCAAGGUAAGCCGCCUCUUCUCAAGGCCCUAAAAGCUAAGACAUUCUCAUGCUCUGGUCCACCUGCCACUGAAAUAAGGAAGACAACUGAUGAUUCCAUAUCCAAAGUCCUAGACUGGUUUAACCGAAGUUCUCAUUUAGAUGACAAUAAGUUACCUCUCCACUAUCCCCGAGGAAUAGAGCCAAAAGAAAAAGCAGACUCAAAAUCACAGAUUGCUGAUGCCUUGGUGACAGAUGAUGUCAGUCUAAAAGAAAAUGGCUCAAAAGCUCUAUUAUCCACCAAAGUUGAACUGAUGCCUAUAGGAUCUGAUUCGAUGUUCCAGGUAGAGGGAAAUGUGCUGCCUUCUGGAAAUUGCCAAGAUAGUAAUGGGAAUAUCAAACCCAAAUCUAUGAAUUUGUCCCAACAAGGCAAGCAAGGUCCACACGUAUUACAACCAUUUGAAAUCUACAGUCCAUAUCAAGGGAAUGAACCCAUGGACUAUAGCCAAACUUCAAAAAACAUAGGAGCAGGAAAUGGGAUACCUCGUCCAACCAGUAACUAUCCCUACAGUGCUCUCAAGGAAUCUGAUGCAGCAGACCGAGUUCCAUGCAACAUUAAGGAUGUUGGCAGCUUAGAUGAAGAAGAGCCCAAGCUUUGUAUUUAUGAAAAAUAUAGAGGAAACAAAAAGGUGAAUUUUGACUCUUCAAAAAUUAUCACAGAACCAAGUCUGAAAGACAACAUGAAUGCAGAGAGAGAGAGCAAAGGAGAAGAUGCUUAUACCUUGGAAGCUUCCAUGGAGCCAGAAAAUAUUGAGUCUCUCCCUGGGACUGCCAACAAUAAAUCUUGGAAGAAGCCUGAGGUCCAACUACAACAAGAAGCUGGUGAGGUUCCCGAGAACCAAGUGCAAAGAGAAAAAUACAAAAGUGUGAGUGACAGAAUAUCCUUUUGGGAAGGAGAGAAAGCUACAGCUAAGUUCACUUGUGAAGAACCCACAUCUUCACACAGUCAGGAACAACCUUCUGCUAAAGCCUACCAGCGUGUGAGGUCCAUGGACGGUUUAUCCACAGGCCAGAAUGAAUUCAAUCAAGUCACUGCCAAACAAGUGAUCCUCAAUGAGGAUGGCCAAGUAGCUCUUCACUCCAGUUUUUAUUCCUCAAAUAAACCUAAAGAGACCAGAGCCCAAAUAUCAGUUCCAUCCAAAAAUUAUUCUUCUGCUGAACAACCAGAUAAAGUGUCUGUGCUUCAGAAUAAAAUAAAUGAGCCUGUAAAAAGAUUGCCAAUAGCAGACAGUUUGCACUCUGGAAGAGACGUCCCUUUACCGAAACUACAGCAUCCCUCAAAUGUUGCGAGUGAAGUACAUGCUGCUUUGGAGAAAGACCGAUCUCUAAUUGAUGAAUCAAAUCCCAACUUUAAAGUUAUGUCCCUAAAAGGAAGGAUGGAUGAACCCAGUACAGAGCAGGUUUAUAAUCACUCUCAAUUUGAGAAUUUGAGAAAGUUUUGGGACUUAGGAUCCAACUCAAACAGUCAGGAUAAUGUUGAGAAGAAUACCACCAAAACAAGCCAGAAAAAGUCUGUGCCUUUUAAUAGCCAGAAACACAAAGAAUUCCAUGACAUCAAAUCAUCAGGAGAAAGUGUCCAUAAAAUAGAGACACUUCUAAGCUCCCCCCAAAUUCCAGCAACAGAGGAAAUAGAAGACUUAAAUUCAAAGUGCACACUCCAGGUGUUACCAUCUGACACCAAAUUUCCAUUGAAACCACCCACAAAGUCCACUGGUCAGUUGCCAGGAAAUGAGUCAUCAAAGGAAAAUGUGCAAAAGAAUACAGAAUGGUUUGUUACUCCAGUGUUGAAGGAAGGAAAGGAGGACUCAGACCAAGAGAUUCAGGAAUCCAUAGUGAAAACACGAGUUUUGUCUAAAGACUACAAAGACACUUUUAAUGACAGCCUACAGAAGCUACUUUUAGAAGCUUCAUCACAAGCAAUCCAACCUUCCAGUGAAAAAGUUCAUGGAAAACAAAUGCUUGAAUCAGGUGCUUCUGAAAAUAGGACCUGGCCUCAAAACACAGAUUUUGCUGAUACUGAGGAAGCAGCCAAAGGACCUAAGGACAUCAUUAAUGAGGAGGUAGGCAAAACAGUAGCUCCUCCAAAGGUGAAACCAAACACUUUGGCUGCUAGUCUAGAUAAACUCUUGAAGGAAGGACCUGGAACCUUACCCUCUCCCUUGCAAACCAAAUUGGAACGCAUCACCCCUAGGAUCAACACUGAGCCUGAAGAGAGUAGAGUUUUUGAUAAAGGCACAGAGCAGAGUCACAACUCAUCAGCCUAUCCGAGAGAAAGAAUAGCCCCUUUUUCAGAGGGGGAAGAAACUUUAGGAAAAACAGCUCUCCCCCAGAAAGCAGAAAGGGGUGAGAACCAGCUAAAUGCAGGAAACUUAUUGCAGAUGGCUGCAGAAGGUUCUCACCCAUUGGACCAACCUUCCCAUCUUCACAGAGAAGGCUCUUUUGGGAUUGCCGCCAACUCUCCCCAAGAUGUGCCAUACUCCAGCGAUGCUCAUCUUGCUCCCCAGGGUAAGGUACUACCUUCUCAAAGGGAAAUAUCAGAGACUGUAGAAAAAGUCGUUGUUCCACCCAAACCUACACUGAAUGACGUAAAUGUUGUAUUACGAAAGCUGCUUAGAGAAGCGUGGCUGAAUUAUCCAGUUGAUAGGGAAGUUGUUCCUGGAGAAGUAAAAGCAGACUUUCCUGAAGGAGUACAAGCAGCAGGUAGCCGCCAAAAUUCUCCCAGAGUCAUCCCACCAUCAGCUACAAUGGACAUUAUAGUUCCAGACGGAAAGGAUUUUUAUUCCUUCAAUGUAGUUACUGAUAAAACUCAAGGCAUUGCCUCUCAUUUAGCUGCCCCCAUGUCUCCAUCAGAACAAACCCCAAGCUCAUUUGGUUCCACUGUUGCUCAGUAUAGCAAAGAGUUACCUCAGGAAGUGAUAGAAAUGGUGAGGGAAACAAGAAUUCAACCUAAAUCAGAGCUCCUUGAAUUCAGUGCUGCCUUAGAGAAACUGCUGAAGGAAACUCACUCCUCAAAACCUGGAAGGGGCACAGGGACGCAUUCUCCACCCAAGUUAAUAGGUAGCACUGAGAUGCCUAGGCCAGCUGCUUCUCAAUUUCAUCCUGAGGAAAUAAAGGAAACAGUACAAAAGUCUGAGGCUCCAGCAGUAACUGAGAGUGCUUUUGAUACUGGUUUUGAGAAACUCCUUAAAGAAACAUCUGAAGCUCCUUCUUAUGAGCUCCAGGUGUCAGCGAAGGAAGAAACUCCUGAGAAGGAAACCUCAGAGUCAGAGCAGGCCAGGCUCUUGGGGAGAACCCACGAGGCCCCUGAAAUGAAGCUUAAGAGUAAUGUUUCCAAAUCUCAAGUCAACCAAUGGGAUCAACUGUUGAGAGGAGAAGCUGUGAAUGAUUUAUCAGUAGGCCUCUGUGGUUCUGAGAGUGGAGUUGAGAUUGCUGGGACCCUUUCAGUCGGCCAACAAAUAGGGAUCAUUGACACUGUGAAGCCCCCAGAGCCCAGGGAGAGUGAAAGUGAGGUUGCAGGGGUUCCAGAAGGGGCUUCUCAGGAGCCUGGCUUUGAAGAGGGCCCUGAAACAAUGAGGCAACCUGUUCCUCUCCUGACCGACAAGGAAAACUCUACAAAGAGAAGUCAAGUUGAACUGAUUCUGACAUCACCAUAUAAGAGACAAGAGAAAGAGGAAGACUCUGAUUCUUCAGACGGAAACAUCGGUUCUAAAGCCGAAAGCUGGAGAAACACCUCCAGUUCAGAAGAAGAAACCAGUCCUGUUUUGAAAACUUUGAAAAGGAGAUCUGCUAGGAAAAUGCCUUCCAAAAGUCUAGAAGACAUUUCAUCAGAUUCAUCAAAUCAAGCAAAAAUAGAUAAUCUGCCAGAAGAAUUAGUACGUAGUGCUGAAGAUGAUCAAAAAGCAGAUCAGGAACCAGAUACAAAUGAAUGCAUACCAGGAAUUUCCACAGUGCCUUCCCCGCCUGGCCAUCCGUUUUCCCGCCCCGAACAACUCAAAAGGAUGAGCAAGUCUGUUCCAGCACUUCCGCAGGAUGAGAGUGAUGACAGAGAAACAGACACAGCAUCAGAAAGCAGUUACCAGCUCAGCAGACACAAGAAGAGCCCCAGCUCUUUAACCAAUCUUAGCAACUCCUCUGGCAUGACGUCCUUGUCUUCUGUGAGUGGCAGCAUGACGAGCAUUUGCAGUGGAGACUUUGGCAAUCUGGAGGUGAAAGGGAGUAUCCAGUUUGCAGUGGAAUAUGUGAACUCAAUGAAGGAGCUGCACGUCUUUGUGGCCCAGUGUGAAAACUUAGCCGCCGCAGACGUGAGAAAACAGCGUUCAGACACAUAUGUAAAGAUUUACCUGUUACCAGACAAGGGCAAAAUGGGCAAGAAGAAAACAGUUGUUGUGAAGAAAACUUUGAAUCCUGUGUUUAACGAGAUACUGCGGUAUAAAAUUGAAAAGCAAAUGUUGAAGACACGAAAGCUGAACCUCUCGGUAUGGCAUCGUGAUACAUUUAAACGCAAUAGUUUUCUGGGGGAAGUGGAACUUGAUUUGGAAACUUGGGACUGGGACAACAAACAGAAUAAAGUCUUGAAGUGGUAUCCUCUGAAGCAGAAGACAGCACCAGUUGCCCUUGAAGCAGAAAACAGAGGUGAAAUGAAAUUAGCUCUCCAGUAUGUCCCACAGCCAAUUCCUGGUAAAAAUCUUCCUACAGCUGGAGAAGUGCACAUCUGGGUGAAGGAAUGCCUUGAUCUACCACUGCUAAGGGGCAGCCAUCUAAAUUCUUUUGUUAAAUGCACUAUCCUCCCAGAUACAAGUAAGAAAAGUCGCCAGAGAACAAGAGCUAUAGGGAAAACCACCAACCCUGUCUUCAACCACACCAUGGUGUAUGAUGGGUUCCGGCCUGAAGAUAUGAUGGAAGCUUGUGUAGAGCUUACCGUCUGGGACCAUUACAAAUUAACCAACCAGUUUUUGGGAGGUCUUCGGAUUGGCUCUGGAACAGGUAAAAGCUAUGGUAUUGAAGUGGAUUGGAUGGACUCGACUUCAAAGGAAGCUGAUUUCUGGGAAAAGAUGGUAAAUUCCCCCAACACAUGGAUUGAAGCAACCUUGCCUCUCAGAAUGCUGUUGAUUGCUAAGAUUUCCAAAUGAGCCCAAAGUCCAUCGGCUCCUCCACUGAAAACUACUAAACAGGUGGAAUCUGAUCUUGAAAACCUGACCACGUGGACAAAGAUCCUCACCUCCUAUCGGCACCAGUGAACUACACACACACACAGCAUUGUAAUGUCAACCUGCAUGCCUCUGGUUACAAGACCCAAAAGGUUUAACAACAAAAUGUAUAAUGUAUUUGUGACUCCAAUGUUAAAGAAAAAAUUUGAGGAAGCUAGGAAAAUCCAACUGCUGCUUCAAAGGAAAAGCUACCCCUAAAAAUAUUAAACAUGGGGUGCUGUGAAUGGGAAAAGUUUACUAGUUUGCCAUCAUGUGCGUCCCGUCAGUUUUGUGCUGUGGUUAGGAGAGCCUGCCUCUUGACCAUUAAAAUUCCUUACAGGAACUGUAACGAUGUAGGUUGUCAGAAAAAGUGACAAAAAGACACUCCUAUGGUGGCGGGGGGAGGCAGAAUAUCAUUGAUGAUAAAGAAUUUGACCACAAUAAAACAAUUUACUGUGUAAUCUAUUAAAAUAUGGAAUUCCAUGUUAGGGCAAUGAGACUGAAUUUACUGUGUGUAUUUUCUGUCUUGAGAAACUGCUCUCCCUUUUUCCAAUGUUAGAAGUUUCGAAUAUGCUUUGGUGCCACCCACUGGCCAUAGGUGGAAUUCCGUUUUUGGCUUAAUCUCCUAAAGUAGGUCUCAAGUUUGUAUUUUGUAAUAGAGUAUGUCUAAAAACAAAAGACAAAAAAACCUUGCAUAUAUAAGAUUCUGUUUUUUCUUAUAAAUAUACUAUAUAAAAGCAGCAUGAGAGUGGUCACAGACACACUUUGCAACAAAGUUUUAAUUAGAAUGUAAAUUGUUAA